AUGGACAUUGUGACUGGUUUACCGAGGACUAGGUCGGGAUUUGACGUGGUUUGGGUGAUCGUGGAUAGCUUAACCAAAUCCGUUCAUUUUCUACCUAUCCGAGUAAACUAUUCAAUGGAGGAGUUGGCAAGAUUGUACAUCAAAGAGAUAGUAAGGUUGCACGGUGUGCCAUCAAGCAUAGUGUCAGACCGUAAUCCCCGAUUCACAUCAAGGUUUUGGGGAGCUUUCCAAAGGUCUUUCGGUAUUUUGGGUCCUGAUUUGGUAGUAGAGACUACUGAGAACAUUAAAAAGAUUCGUGCAAGGAUUUUGACUGCGCAGAGCCAACAGAAAAGCUAUGCAGAUCAGAGAAGGAAACCAUUAGAGUUUGAAGUGGGAGAGCAUGUAUUUUUGAAGGUUACACCGACAACUGGGAUUAGAAGAGCGAUCAAAACCAAGAAGUUGAAUCCGAGGUAUAUAGGACCAUUUGAGAUUCUGAGGCGAUUCGGGCCGGUGGCAUAUCAAGUAGCUUUGCCACCUCACUUAUCCAACUUGCAUGACAUAUUUCAUGGGUCACAACUCUGUAAGUAUACAUCGGAUGUGGCUCAUGUGUUAAAGCCUGAGUCGGUCGAAUUAAGAGAGAGCUUGACUUUUCAAGUAACAUCGGUGCGUAUCGAUGACACUAGUGUGAAGAAGGUGCGAGGGAAAGAAGUUUAG